AUGGCCGGCGAAACGGGGCCCCUUAAUGUCACCCGUGCAACUGCCAUGGUGAUUGCAGCACUAUUCGGCAUAGCAUGUUGGAACGUUCUCCAGAUCCUGGUUGCGAUCUUCAGCACCUUCAGACGCUGCCGUGGCCUCUAUUUCUGGAGCAUGUUAAUAUCGACAUUGGGAAUCCUCCUACACACGAUUUCAGCAUUCCUCCGUUAUUUCGCCCUCGCCCCUAGUUUUCCCAUGUGUUUUUUGAUCUGCAUCGGCUGGUACGCUAUGGUCACCGGGCAGUCCGUGGUGCUGUACUCACGACUCCACUUGGUGACAUGUGUCGAUCGCUGGUCUCGCUGGGUACUAGGAAUGAUCAUCUUCAACUUUUGCGCCUUACAUAUCCCCACUACUGUCUUCUUCCUUGGAAUAAACAACGGCGUUGACCGCUUCCUUGUGCCAUUCGAUGUCUACGAACGUAUUCAAUUGGCCGGGUUCGCUGCUCAAGAGACCAUCAUCAGCGGUCUUUAUAUCUGGGAAACUAUGACUAGCUUGAGACCUGUUCUGGCUAUGAAAGGAGCCCGUGGCCAGAGGGUUAUUUGGAACCUCAUUGUUGUCAAUGCCAUUGCGGUUUUGCUAGAUGCAUCACUUUUGACAACUGAGUACACCAAUCAUUUCGACAUCCAAACAACAUACAAACCGGUCGUCUACAGCAUCAAGUUAUUGUUGGAGUUCACCGUACUCAACAGUCUGCUUGUUGUUAUUCGCACAAAUCCAUCUACUAUUGAAGAUGUUCAAAAGCUGCAAGGGGAUGGCGAUCUACGCCUGGAGCCCCGAUGGAGUGACAACGGUUCGGAAAACCUCGCGCCCUCGGGCAUGGGCAUACAUGAGUCCGAUCAAGGCUACCGACAAACCUCGUCUCGAGAUUCACAGUCCAAAGAACAAAGAUCACCGGUUCUUGGCAUGAGUCAGGAUGAAUCUGUUUGA